GAAGCCUCCAAUGAGAAUAGAGAACAAAGUACACAAACAACCCACAAGAGAACAAAUUAUAGCAAGUUUUAGAGCCCAAGCUUUGUUUUUCUCACUGUCCUUUUUCACCUCAAUUUCUCCCUCUCCUUAGAACUCCUCUUUUCCAUUAGCCCUUUCUUUUUUGGUUAGAGUUCCUUUCACUUUGGCUUGUCAUAGAAAUGAUCAAAAGAUGCCUGUGUUGCAUCACCGGCGAAUCGGAGGCAGCGCGAAGAUCGAACGAUAGCCACGACUAUCCGUGGGAGAUCUACACCUUGAAAGAGCUCCUGCACGCGACAAAUAACUUCAACGAGAGCAACAAGCUCGGCGAGGGCGGGUUCGGAACUGUUUACUGGGGCAAAACUAAGAAAGGAGUGGAGAUCGCAGUAAAAAGGCUCAAGGCGAUGACGGCAAAGGCGGAGAUGGAAUUCGCGAUCGAGGUAGAGAUACUUGGGAGGGUGAGGCAUAAAAACCUCUUGAGCCUUCGAGGAUUCUACGCCGGCGGGGACGAGAGGCUCAUCGUCUACGACUACAUGCCGAACCACAGCCUCAUCAGCCACCUCCACGGCCGCCAUGCCGCCGAUCGCGUGCUCGAUUGGCCUCUCAGGAUGAAGAUCGCCAUUGGAGCUGCCGAGGGCCUCGCGUACCUGCACCAUGAGGCAAGUCCUCACAUAAUCCACCGGGACAUCAAGGCCAGCAACGUGCUCCUGGACUCCGACUUUACCGCGAAGGUCGCCGACUUUGGCUUCGCGAAGCUCGUCCCCGACGGCGUCACGCACCUCACCACCCGCGUCAAGGGCACGCUCGGCUACCUCGCACCGGAGUAUGCAAUGUGGGGGAAGGUAUCCGAGAGCUGCGACGUCUACAGCUUCGGCAUCCUCCUCCUCGAGACCGCCACCGCCCGCCGACCCAUCGAGAAGCUGCCCGGCGGGGUCAAGCGCGAGAUCGUCCAGUGGGCAGCCCCGCUCGUCGAGAAGGGCCGCUGGGACCGCCUGGUGGACCCCAGGCUUGCCGGAAGGUACGACAGGGAUCAACUAAGAAACAUGGUGCAGUUGGCGAUGCGGUGCACGGACGGGGACCCGGAGCGGCGGCCGACGAUGAGGGAGGUGGUGGAGAUUCUUAAAAGUAGUGGUGGUGCGCGGAGGAGGGAAACGGAGGUGGUGGAGGUGGGAGAGGAGGAAGGGGAGGAGGGGGAGGAAGGAGGGAAAAGAGAGGCUUCUCAGCUUAAGAAAAAGAGUUGGAGAGUGUCCUCCAGAAUGAGAUGA